GUUUUCCUUUAAAUAUCAGAAUAUCUAAAUAUGUCGGCUGGAAGAAAAAAGGUGUUACUGAAAGUGAUUAUAUUAGGUGAUAGUGGAGUUGGAAAGACUUCUUUGAUGAAUCAGUAUGUGAAUAAAAAAUUUAGCAGUCAAUACAAAGCUACCAUUGGUGCUGAUUUCUUAACAAAGGAAGUGAUGGUUGAUGACAAACUAGUGACUAUGCAGAUAUGGGAUACAGCUGGUCAAGAAAGAUUCCAAUCACUAGGUGUUGCGUUUUAUCGUGGUGCGGAUUGUUGUGUCUUGGCUUAUGAUGUGAAUAAUGGCAAAACAUUUGAACAUAUUGAUCAAUGGCGUGAUGAAUUUCUCGUACAAGCAUCCCCUCGGGACCCUGAUGAAUUCCCAUUUGUUUUAUUGGGUAACAAGAUUGACGUGGAAGAAUCAAAAAGAGCUGUAUCUUCCAAGCGUGCCAUGGCAUGGUGUCAAUCUAAAGGGAAUGCCCCAUAUUUUGAAACUUCAGCCAAAGAAGCGAUCAAUGUUGAUCAAGCAUUUCAAACCAUAGCAAGGAAUGCCCUUUCUCGUGAAACAGAUGUUGAUAUUGAUUUCCCUGACACCAUCAAUAUCCCUAGUGGUAGUCAAUCUCAUGAACCUGGUUGUGCAUGUUAAUAGUUAGUAUCUUCUCUCUGUUUUUACUCGUUUAUUGCCCUUCUUAUAGUUUGAUUCCCACUUUUUAGUACUUUGGAAAAUAAAGUUUCUUUUUUUUUUUUGUAUCAAAAUA